CGAAUUCCCGCCCCUUCCUUUUAAAAACGAUAUGAGAGGGUUAGAGAAUUGCCGUGUAGCGCGUGCGCAGUGCCACCUUCUAUCUCACGCCUCGGGUUUACAGCCUCCCGUUCGUCGUUCUCGCGUGGCCUCCAAGAUGGCGGCGUUCUGUGAGGAGUUCACGUUGUGUACCUUGGCUGGGGCCGGGGGCGCCCCUCAGGGACCGCUGGGGCUGGAGCAGGAUGCAGACCGCGUGCUGCUCACUGACCGAGGCCGGACGGUGACACUGUAUAAGGUUUCUGAUCAAAAACCACUGGGUUGCUGGUCAGUCAAACAAGGUCAAACAAUCACAUGUCCUGCUGUGUGCAAUUCUGAAACAGGAGAGUUCAUUCUUGUCCAUGAUGAUAAGGUUUUACAGAUCUGGAAGGAAGAUGACACUAACUUGGAUAAAGUUUUUAAAGCAACAUUGUCAGCAGAUGUGUAUCGGAUACAUUCACUCCCAUAUACUGAACCCCUGGUCCUGUUCAAGGGUGGUGCUGUUAAGAAUUUGGAUGCUUUACUCGCAGCACCUCAGCAAGAAAUUGAAAACAUUGCUUCAGAUGAAGUUAUUAGAUGGAGUGAUGCUUUCAGGAAAGGUGAACAAUAUGCUCUUAUCUUUAUUACUGAGCAGGAUGGGAAUUGCUUCAUAUAUGUUCAGCAAAGUAAUCCAUAUAUCCUUCAGAAGUUUAAACUUGAACAAGGGGGCGAGUCAUCUACUCCACUGAGCUUUGCAGCAUAUUUGAAAGACAAAGUUGUCACUCUCCUUUGUUUGUAUUCUAGCGGAUGCUUGUAUAAGGUUCUCGUGCCACUGCAAUGGAGUGACUCCGAGGAAGAGCAAAUUUUACAAAAGUCUCUUCUGAUCAGACUUCUAGUAUCUGGGAGUAUUUUAAAAAGAACUUCAAUUGCCAUUCUUGAUAAAGAUCAUAUUGCCAUAACAGGAUGCUUGGAUUCCCCAGAUGGCAAUAUUAAAGGCCAUUUUUCCAUAUGGAAUAUAAAAUUUCAAACAUUACAAGCUUCAAAAGAAUUGCCAUGGGGGACCACUGGACAAUGUUGGUGUUAUGGAGACAAACUCUUCGUAACACAUGGUAAAGAAUUAACAGUAAUCCUAUAUAAAUGUCAAACAUCCUCCUUAGCUGCUGCUGUUGGGAAAAUCAAGGAUAUACAAAUAUCAGAAAUAAAGACUGUGCCUGUGAAUUGGAAUAUACUUCAGGAAGAUGACCUAAUAUGCAUGCAGCCAGAUCAGCCUGUUCCUGCAAAGGGUGAAUCUAACAGGCUGUUGAGGUCAAGAAAGAACAUAGGUGCAAAAACUCAACUGGAGAUCCUGACAGUGAAACAGCUUCUUUCAAUUAUCAAGGAUUCCUCUCAAAAUAUAAUCGAAGAAAAGCUGAAGACAUUUUUGUCCAGUACUCAGAUACCAGACUUUCAAGCAUCAGUUGGAUGUAUAUUAUCUGCUCUUGUGAACAAGUGUAAAUCAGAGUCAUCAUUUUACCCUCACAAUUGCCUGGUGCAACUGAUCCAGACACAAGGCCUCUCUUACAGUAUGUGCCCAGAUUUAAUGGCAGUUGCCUUGGAGAAAACAGAUAUACACUUGCUACAGCUAGCUCUACAGCAGUUUCCUGACAUCCCUGAAGUAGUUACAUGUGCUUGCCUGAGGGCUUUCCUGAGCAUUGGUGAUGACCGCCUUGAAGAAAUGAACCUGCAUUUAGAUUCUGUAGCAGGUUGUGUUGAUAUUGUACACAACAAUAAAACUGAACAACAAUCUAAAGUUAUACAGAAUGGCUUCAGUUCUGAACCUCUGGAAGAAGAGAGCUGUGACACACAGUUAACUCAGAAAUCUCAAGUGAUGGACGCAAAUGAUAUAUGUCCUGUUGGACCACAAAAGGCAACGUUGCUAAACACCAUUCUUCGUUCAGCAUACAGUGAGACAUUUCUUUUGCCUCAUUUGAAAGAUCUCUCAGCUGAACAAGUCAUUUUAUUUCUUCGGUAUUUGCAGUAUCUCUAUGUGAAGUGCAGUGAAGACGCUACUAUGGACCUUCCUGGAAUGUUUUGUUUGACCAUAAACCAGAUCAUCGACUGGAUAUGCCUCCUCCUAGAUGCUCACUUUACAGUUAUUGUGAUGCUGCCAGAAGCAAGAAAGUUGCUUUCUAAACUACACAAGUUUGUUAGAGCCCAAGUGCGUUUUUACUCUGAACUUAACAAGAUUGAAGGAAGCCUGAACCAGUUGCAGAUGCUACAACAACCAAAAGAUGUGGGCUUGUAUUCCAUCGAGAUUCUAAAACUUUGAAUAUGGCACGUUUCUCAUAAAACAAUUGUUAUGAAUCUGUUAUGA